AUGGCUCCGUUUAAUAUAAAUGAUUUCAUAUCUGAACCUUCUCUUGAUUUAUUGGUGAAUACUACUCUUAAAAAAGACGAUUGGAAGGCACUUGCUGGUCAUUAUGAAAUUGAAAUUAGAGCUUGCAUGACGAAAGCAGUGAUUAAAAGUAUUGUUAUUGAAAGUCUAGUAAAUUCAGACAUUCUUCCCAUGUCAGCGUUGUCUUUAUGUGAUAAAGUACCCCGUGAAGAAAAUAGUAAUGUUUCUGAACUAAUUGAAUUACGAAAGCUAGAGCUUAGAAAAUUAGAAUUGGAGCUUCAGAUUGGGGAAAGAGCUGGCUUUAGUCAACAAAAACCGCGCUUUGAUAUUAGCAAACACGCAAAAUUAAUUCCUCUCUUUGAUGAACAAGACCCCGAGGAAUUUUUCUUACAAUUUGAAAAGAUUGCAGAAAGCUUAGACUGGCCUGAAGAGAGCUGGACUGUGAUGAUCCAAACAGCUUUUACUGGACAAGCUAAGAGAGUGUUCACUAAUUUACCAAAAGAAAUAUGUAAAGAUUAUGAUGCUGUGAAAGAUAUAAUUCUUCAAGCUUAUGAUUUAGUCCCAGAAGCUUACAGACAAAAGUUUCGAAACCUAAGAAAAUUGGAGUCACAGACUUACGUAGAAUAUGCUGCUGAGAAAGAGAGGCUGUUACAACGCUGGUUGAGAUCUAGAAAUGUUCAGACAUUCACUGAUUUAAAAGAGUUGAUAUUAUUAGAGGAGUUUAAGCGUUCUGUCAAUGUUGAUAUAAAAUUGUAUUUAGAUGAACGAGAAGUGACCACUUUAAGUAAAGCAGCAAUACUUGCUGACAAUUUUUCAUUAACUCAUAGUAGACGCAAAACUCAGAGUUAUCUUUGUGCUGGAAGGAAGUCAGGUGGUAGUGAAGAGUCAGGUGAUCAGGGUGCUAGGCCUAGUAAAAUUGUAAAAUCUGCUCAAGGGAAAAAUAAAAUAGGAGUAGACAAGAUUGAUUCUUUAGUAACUUGUUUCUAUUGCAAACAACGUGGCCAUGUAAUCGCUGUGUGCCCUAAAUUAGCUGCUAAAAAUGUCGCUAAGGGAGCGACUUCGCUUACUGUUGAUUUAGUGGAAGAGACUGAUGUUAAUACUUCCCAUGAUGUUAAGUCUGACAUUUUUGAGCCGUUUAUUUUCACGGGAUUGGUUGCAAGUGACAUGUCCUCAGAUAAGAGUUACCCUGUUCGAAUUUUAAGGGAUACCGCUUCUUCCCAGAGUGUAUUAGUUAAGGCUUCUAUGCCUUUCGUGGAGAAUUCAUACACUGGGGAAUUUGUAGUCAUUCGGGGUUUUGGAGGGACCGUCACUCUCCCGUUAGCGCGGAUAUUUUUGCGAUCAGACUUAGUUGAUAGAUACAUCACAGUUGGAGUUCACGACUUUCCUCUUCCUGUGAGCGAAGCAACUUUGUUGCUAGGGAAUGACGUAGCUGGCGAAUGCGUUGUACCUGACCCGAUUGUACGCCCUGUACCGUCCGGAGUGAACCCCACAGAAUCCCUCGAGAAUGAGUAUCCGUAUCUCUUUCCCUCGUGCGCAGUAACGCGAAGCGUGUCUAAACGCAUUGAUAAGGAAACCUCUCCGACUAAUGUACCUAAUUUUGAUAACUUGACCAUUAGUUCCUUAUUUAAUGAUGAAGAGGGUAAUGAGGAAAAACUUGAUUCUGUGAAAGAGGUUAGUAUUAGGAGUUUACCAAUAACUCGUGACAUGCUCAUCGAUGCACAACGUAAGGAUAAAGAGUUAUGCAAAUAUUUUAGUCUUGUUGACGAUUCACAGCCACUCGAUAGUAUGUACUACUUAAAUUCUGGUGUAUUAAUGCGGAAGUAUAGACCUGUUGAUGUUCCGGCAACAGACACCUUUACAGAGAUUCAUCAAGUAGUUGUUCCUUUUCCUUAUAGACAGGAUGUUAUAAGUCUUGCUCAUGAUAUUAAUGGAGGUCACUUGGGAGUUUCCAAAACCUACUUUAAAAUUCUCAAACACUUUUACUGGCCAAAAAUGAAGAAGGAUGUGUCAUCAUAUUGUAAGACUUGUCAUUAUUGCCAGGUUGCAGGGAAACCUAACGAAGUAAUUCCCCCAGCCCCGCUUCACCCCAUUCCGGUAGUUGCUCAACCUUUUAACCAUAUCUUAAUUGACUGUGUCGGACCAUUACCGAAAACCAAAUGCGGUAAUCAGUACUUACUGACGAUCAUGUGUGCUACAACCCGUUACCCAGAGGCUAUUCCCCUUCGAAAUCUGACCGCAAAAAGUGUGGUAAAAGCUCUGACUAAAUUUUUUACUCAGUUUGGGAUCCCGAAUAAAGUACAGUCUGAUCAAGGUGCAAACUUUACAUCCGGUCUCUUUCAACAAGUCAUGAAUGAAUUAUCAAUUAAGCAAUAUUUGUCCACUGCUUAUCACCCUGAAUCACAAGGAGCCUUAGAAAGAUUUCAUCAAACAUUCAAAUGUAUGUUGAGGAAAUAUUGUGUAGAGGUGGAGAAAGACUGGGAUGAAGGUGUUCAUGUGUUACUGUUUGCUAUCAGGGAAAGCAAACAAGAGUCUCUCGGGUUUUCUCCAUUUGAAUUGGUGUAUGGCCAUGAAGUUCGAGGUCCCUUAAAGCUAUUAAAAGAGAGUUGGGUAUCAGAGGAACAUGUGAUGCCAUUAUUAAAAUAUGUUCAUACUUUUAAAGAGAGACUACUGCAUGUUCGUGAUUUUGCCAUGAAAAAUUUGUUGAAUGCCCAAGGCGUCAUGAAAGAACAAUAUGACAAGAAGGUUGAAAAAAGAGAAUUUGAGCCAGGACAGUUAGUGUUACUGUUUCUCCCUCUUCCGAAAAAUGCUUUACAGUCUAAGUAUUUUGGUCCCUAUCGCAUUAAAGAAAGAAAAGGUGAUGUAAAUUACGUUAUAGAGACCCCAGACCGUAGAAGGCAGGAACGUUUAGUUCAUGUAAAUCUAAUUAAGCCUUAUCACAAUAGAGAAGCAAUGGUAGAGCAUAAAGUGUUAGCUGUAAUCUCAGAAACAGAAGAGUUUUGUAUAGAUGACCCAGUAAAACUAAACAACAGUGACAUUUUGACUAAUCUUAACUCAAAAUUACAGCAUCUGUCAUCUCGUCAAUCUGAAGAGUUGGUACUUCUCUUGAAGGAAUUCCGGUGUGUGUGUAGUGAUGUCCCGAGACCCUGCAGAGGUGUGCAACACGAUAUAGUACUGAUCGAGAACUCUGCACCCAUAAAGCAGUCUCACUAUCGGCUGAGCCCCGAGAAGCGAAAGAAGCUUCGGGAGGAGGUGGACUUCCUCCUUGCCAACGGACUUGCGGAGUCGAGCGACAGCGAGUGGGCUUCGCCUUGCCUGCUCGUCCCCAAAGCCGAUGGUGGAUUGCGUCUCUGCACGGACUACCGUAAAAUCAACAAAGUGACUCGCUCUGAUUCCUUUCCUCUACCGCGCUUGGAUGAUGUCAUCGAUGGUAUCGGCAGAGCUCAGUUCGUAACAAAAAUCGACUUGCUGAAGGGAUACUACCAGGUGGAGCUGACGGAGAACGCGAGAAGAAUAGCAGCUUUUGUCACCCCCGACGGUCUCUUCGAAUACAAGGUCAUGCCGUUUGGGUUGAGGAACGCCCCAGCAACUUUUCAGAGGUUGAUUAAUGGUGUCAUUCGAGACUUGGAAGGUGUUCAAGCAUACCUGGACGACCUCGUCAUCACGUCGGAUACUUGGGAAGAACACCUUGAGCGACUUCGAGCUUUACUCGCACGGCUCGCUGAGGCUGAGCUGACAAUUAACCUGGCGAAGAGCGAGUUCGGGCAUGCCAAGGUCAUUUUCCUGGGUCACGUGGUUGGGGGAGGCACAGUGGCACCCGUCACUGCCAAAGUUGAGGCGAUCUUACAGUAUCCGACUCCGACAGACCGCAAGUCUCUGCAACGCUUUCUUGGAAUGGCUGGUUACUACAGGAGGUUCUGUCCGAAUUUCGCUCACGUAUCUGCCCCUCUAACAGACUUAAUUAGCCCUAAGAAGCAAUUUACUUGGACGUCAGAAUGUCAAGAAUCCUUUGAGAAAAUACGAGCCAUGCUUACGUCUCCUCCAGUUCUGACGUCUCCUGAUUUUGAAAAACCAUUCUGCCUGCACAUCGACGCGAGUGACAGUGGAGCGGGAGCUAUGUUACUACAGGCUGGGCCCGACGAUGUACUUAUGCCUGUCUGUUACUAUUCGUGCAAGUUUAAAAAACACCAGAAAAGUUAUUCGACUAUUGAAAAAGAACUUCUCUCAUUGUUAAUGGUGCUAGAAAAGUUUCAAGUUUACUUGAAUAGUGCGACACAUCCACCACACCAGACCCACAGCCACACCCAGACCCACAGCCACACCAGACCCACAGCCACACCAGACCCACAGCCACACCAGACCCACAGCCACACCAGACCCACAGCCACACCAGACCCACAGCCACACCCAGACCCACAGCCACACCAGACCCACAGCCACACCCAGACCCAUCCAUUCCAGUACACUUACCAAGAUACUAACGAAGCAAUCCCUCGGUGGCCGUGGAGAUUCGGGGUCGCUUGGGCCGAACAGCACCCCGGGGCUUUCGUCUACCCGGCAAAAGCCAAGAAGUCAAAUGAUUGCGAAUAUACGACCGUUAAUAUUACGCUCAACAGGAACGAAAACGUCGAUGAUAUUGAAGCUAUAAAGAUAAUCGCCAAUUCCAUCAUAGAGAGAUUUCUGAUAUAG